UUGAUAUUCGGACCAAAUCUGCAUUGUUUUCGUUGUUUAUAGGCAGUGACGAGAGUGGGUGGAAGUUAUUCGUGGAAUCACAGAGGAACGUACCCUAUCAUCUGUGGUCCGCCAAAGAAUUUACGGAAAAUAUACAUAUACAGGAAAUGAUCUUUGACGGCUGUCAGUCCAAACAAGCAGUAGAGAAGUCCAUCCGUUUACACGAUCAUCUAUUCAGAGGGCUAUUCCUGUCCACUAUUUGUUGAAACGAUCGAACGUACAAUCAUUCUCUAUAACAAAAUGUAAUUCAAACAUACCACGGUAAAUCUACUCGCAGAUGUUUUAACCGGUUUAAAUUCCAAUAAAAUGCCUACGUCAAAUUGAGUGCAUCCACAUUUCAAUGAAGCUUAUUAAUGAGCUGCUGCUUACUUCGUAGGAGGAACGGAGUAUAAAUAUAAAACAUAUGUCAUGUUGUACAUGAUGAUGAGAGUCAACUUGAAGACAUUGCUGCUUGUCCUUGUUGCCUCUGUUUGCAGCUCUUUAUUGACCUUGUGGUAUUACUGCGGGCUGAAAAAUUCAGAUUGGAAAUCAACCCUGCAGUACAAACACAAUGUACUUGAUCGGGCUAGUAACGAACUCCCAGGGAAUGAAGAAAUUGACUGUUAUAUCAAUGGCGAAUAUUCUAUUGGGUGUCGGAAAGAAGGGGAUGAAGUUUACUUGCCAUUCUCAUUCAUCCAUAAAUACUUCGAGAUAUAUGGAAAGCUUGCAACAUAUGACGGUCUACAGAGAUUCGAGUGGUCUCACAGCUACUCUAAACUAGUGAGUCCCAAGGGCAAAUACGACCCGCGAGGUGUGUUCAUGUACUUUGAGAAUUACAACGUCGAGGUUCGAGAAAGGGUAAAGUGUGUGAGCGGAAGUGACGGAGUGCCAAUUUCCACUCAAUGGGAAAGUCAGGGUUACUAUUAUCCGACACAGAUUGCCCAGUUCGGGCUCUCCCAUUACAGCAAGAACCUGACCGAGCCAGAACCACAUAAAAAAACAAUUGAGGAUUCCGAUAAGGCUCAACAAAUUUGGACGGUACCUCAGGGAUCGGUGGUAUCGAGGCAAUACGAUAAGCUGGUCAACAGUUAUGUUAUGAAAUAUGCCACUCCAGAAACUAGCAGCUCCGGUAUAUCACUGAAGAUUGAUCACGUACUUGACUUGGUAUUGAAAUUGGACUUGUGCAUUAAGGACAAUAGCAGCAUCACCGUUGUACUUCAAUCUAGGGAAAAAAAGGACUUGUAUUAUCUGCACUAUACGACAAGAAACUUAGUUAUGCAAACUCGAGACAAUCAUAUUUAUUAUGGAAUUGGUUUGUCCAACAACCGUUGGAGGCAUCUCACUAGAGAUCUAGUCGUUGAUUUGCAAAAAGGACUUAAUUUGAAUGACAAAACAAAAAAGAAAUUGUCACGGUCGAAGCUGAAGGCCAUCAAAAUGAUACUUUAUGGUUCUGGAAUGAUUGACAAUGUGACACUCUCGACCAGCGAACAUAUGGAACAAUUUUAUGACGCUGCUCGUUGGCUUGCUGCUAAUCAAAAUGUGACUUCAGGGGGCUGGCCCAAUCCUGUUCGACGAAAAGUUGCCACUGGAAUGGCGACUUUGGAGCCUGGGUGGUACUCCAGCAUGGGACAAGGGCAUGCCAUAUCAGUAUUAUCCAGAGCUUAUUACCACUCUGGCGACAAAAGAUAUCUGCAGGCAGCUAUCAGAGGUCUACGACCUUUCAGAUUGUCUUCUGCGAAAGGCGGAGUGGCUGCUUCUUUUCUUGGUAAAUACAUUUGGUAUGAAGAGUAUCCAACGACACCUUCUUCUUUUGUACUUAACGGUUUCAUCUUCUCACUGCUCGGCUUAUACGAUUUGAAAACAAUAGCAUCAGGCAAAGAUGCGGACGAAGCAUCGGCACUAUUUGACCAGGGUAUGGCGUCGCUAAAAAGUAUGCUAACGCUCUAUGACAUGGGUUCAAGAACUACUUAUGAUUUACGUCACUUUACACUCAGAACCGCGCCAAACUUAGCCAGGUGGGAUUAUCAUGCAACACACGUCAAUCAACUUCUUUUACUAAGCACGAUAGACAACGACCUAAUUUUUACCACGACUGCCGAACGUUGGAUAGGAUAUAUGAAUGGAAAACGAGCCGCACAUAACUAGCUCAACCGAUAGAGUAUUAUACCAUUUCAUUUUGCAGUAUUCAACUAUUUUUUUUCCAUUAUUAUUGGCUUACACGUUCUAUUGACUCUACUAAGAAAUCACUCGAAGCAAAAAUACAAUAUCAUUUAAUAUGUUAGUUGAAUAGUAAUAUAUAACUAAUUUAUAUAUAUUAUUUUAGUAAUUUUAUUUAGCGGAGUUGAAUGAUCUCUGCAUACUACAU